GAAAGAGAAAGAGGGAGGGGAGAGAGAGAGAGGGAGAGGAGAGGAGCAGCGGUGGUUCCCUCCUUCUUUUUCAUUCACUUCCUCUCUCCCUCUGCACUGAGGAGACCUCACCGCUCAGCCUGCACUCGCCUUGUGUUGAGCAGCAGUUAUAUGGAGGAGGAGGACUUUACAGCAGUAGAUGCCAAUCUUUUACAGUCUGUGGUUCAGGAGAUGGUUAUCAUCAGAACUCUGUCCAAAGGCUGCCUCCUGUUGUGUCUUUAGUUGCUGUUAAAUUUGAUGCUGAGCGCAAGAACUUGAUAUCUGUCACAAGGACCGAAACAGAUCUCAUGCAGUCUCAGCAACGUGCGGAAGUGGUCGGCGGUCCAAAUGGCUCCCGGAUUAUCUUCUCCAGGGAGCCUGGAGGUUCCUCAGGUCAGCACAUCCUCACUUCCCCAGAGCUGACCCACGAGGUGGUCAUCUCCCCCGGACUCCCCACACCUCCUCUGAGCCCUUUUCGCUCCGCAAGGCUUCCAUCUGGAGAGGUUAAGGUGUCAGAAGUGAAUGGAAGUGGACCAACAACUCUCAGCUUUGGAUCUUACUAUGGCCCCUCACAAACACACGGCGGACUGUCCAAUGGCGUCCAGAGCGCUGCCACUUUACCGCGCAGCUGGACUCCCACCAGGGAGGAGAGGCUUAUCAAGUUCUCAGGAAUCGGUCCAGUGGAUGAAACCGGGAUGCCCAUUGCCUCAAGAUCAAGUGUGAACAAGCCCAGAGACUGGUACAAGAGCAUGUUCAGACAGAUUCACAGAAAGCCAGAGGAACCUGAGCUGGAGGAUUCAGAGCGGUGGUCAGCCGAACGGCUCCAGUUGUCUGCCAACACAGAAAAAAGCGAUGAAGCAGACAAGAAUCUCUUCAGACUAACACCUUACGGAGCUCUCCCAGAUUGGAGUGAGGAUGUAGAUAAGCUGUCAGACCCGGGAAAGCAGCACCCUCAACCGAGGAGCAUUUUCGACUUUGAGCCUGGAAAGAGCGCCGCCUCAGAAAGCCACAGCCAGGCUCGUUUAUCUCCGAAGAAGCAGCCUGAGAAACCGAAGUCCCCUUCUAUUGAGGCCAGUCUGGUCUCUGAGCUGAGUCGAUUUGAGGCUGAGCUGGACUCGGAGAUCCAGGGCCUGGAGAGGAGACUUUCCCAGAAGAAGCAGCGUCGAGGCCGGGGUGAGGAGGCCAGGGGCAAAGAUCCAGGACCUGCUCCAAAGACUGCGACUACAAACUACAGCAAUUCACCACCGCUGAAGCAGCCCGUCCAUCGCUCUUUUGGCACACCGGCGACCUCCGCUCCCACAUAUGUAGAACGUCUUUCCCCCGCGAAUGAAAUCAUGGCGCUGCCACCUAAGAAAGAGGAAAAAAAGAUGAAAGCAGCGCGAGCCAAGUUCAAUUUCCAGGCUCAGUCACCCAAGGAGCUCAUGCUGCAAAAAGGCGACAUUGUUUACAUCCACAGGCAGGUUGAUGCCAACUGGUUUGAAGGAGAACAUCAUGGCAGAGCUGGUAUUUUCCCCACAUCUUAUGUGGAGAUUUUGGCCCCUUCAGAGAAGCCAACGCCUAUAAGGUCUCCAACUUUACAGGUGUUGGACUACGGGGAAGCUAUAGCUCUGUUUAACUUCAACGCUGACCUACCUGUUGAACUUUCUUUUCGUAAAGGCGAGGUGAUCGAUAUAACUCGACGUGUCGACGAUAAGUGGUUAGAGGGGAGGAUCUCAGGGACCAGCCGGAGCGGCAUCUUCCCAGCCAAUUAUGUCCAGGUCAACAAGAUGCCCCGCACCAAAUUCUCCACGGACGACUACUCACCUGGCCCCAUGUCUCCCGUCUCCUCUGGACCCCAGAGUCCAGGACGUCCACUCCACUCACCCUGCCCGCGGUCCCCAUUCACCCCCACUUCCCUCAGCCCCAAACCUGAGCACUCCCCCCUGCAGCCGUCCUCACCUGUGCCUUACAGCAGCCCAGCUUCACAGUCACGCUCCCCCGCCCAGACACCCGUAUCCAAAGAAAUGACCAAUCGGUGGCCCCACAGCACCUCCAAAACUGCCUCACCCACCAACCAGAACAGCCACUGGGUUGGGACACACUCAGCUAACCAGAGCCCCAUGACUAGAGCUGUUUCACCGUCCGCUCAGUCAUCAGCGUCUGUGCACAACAGAGCAGGAGCAACCACAGCGAGCACUCCCAGAUACACUGACCCCGUACAGGCUGCAAUACCAAACCAAGCUGCGCCGUCUAAUCCACAUGUGAACUCCCUGCCGCACACACAAGUGCCAAACAUCCCCGGUUCGACUGUGGGACAACGCCAACCAUACAAAGCUGUUUACAACUACAAGCCACAGAAUUCAGAUGAGUUGGAGCUCAGAGAAGGAGACAUUGUACAAGUGAUGGAGAAAUGUGACGAUGGCUGGUUUGUAGGUACGUCAGAACGGACUCGUGCUUUUGGGACUUUUCCUGGGAAUUACGUGGCACCGGUUUGACCUCCCCACCUCUUGCUUGCCCACAUCCAUCCAAGCAGGACUCAUAAGAGCCCAAGCGAUCACUUAAAAGUCACUCCAACAGAUCCCGCUUUGACACCCCAGCGUUUCUCCAUCACAUUUACUCACCACACUCCUACAUCUGGCUUAGUCAGACCUGCAUGUUCCCCUUCAGUUUCCCAGAACAGAGGUGAAGGCAGGGACAUUGAGUGGUUUCUCACCUCACCUCCCUGCAUGAGUGCAUGUCUGUGUGUGUGUGUGUGUGUGUGUGUGUGUGUUCCACUGAGACACCGGCAGUGUUUUCACACACACCACUUGAGAGGAAAGAAUGAAUGCUGAUGAUACUGUUUCAGAUGCAAAGAAAGGACUUUUUUGUUCCACAACUAUUUGCAGCUGCAGGAAAUUUGCAUUCCUUCCCACUGAACAACACUGUUCCUUCUGGGAUCCUGAUACAGUAUGAUGCCGCAUUCAGCUUCUUGUCACCACAGUGCCAUCACAAACCACUGCAGAGAAUUUUGAAUAAGGGUGGCACAUUUUUUUUUUUUUUUUUUUUUUACUCGUCUUCUGGCAUUUCAAUGGAUUAAUGUUUCUUUCAAAUAUCUUCCUCAGAUUUUGCUCUCGAUCUCUGAAAAUACUCCCCGAGAAAUUUGAGGAGGCAACGUGAACGUCUGUAGUGUGACUAAAGUAAAGAGAAGUAGGGGCUCGGAUAUGUCAAGAUAAGUUUACAGCCCUUCACUAGGCUAUGCAGAAGAGCAAAUAUAAGUGAUGCAUGUACUGGUAUUUUGAGUAAGUUGAUCAUUAGAGAAUAUUUGGCUUUUUUUUAUUUUUUAAGGAUGAUGUUUGUUCCUCUUAAGCCAUGGAGUGGGAUGCCAAAGGUGACAGUAAAAAGAUAGAUCAUGUUCUGUUCUGUGCUGUAAAAGAAGCUGCUUUGCUCUGAAAUUAGAAAUUCAUACAUCUGCAAGUUGUAUAAGAUCAGCUAAAUAAGUUAAACGUCGACAAUUGCUCCACGGCAAACAAGUUCUGAAUGAUCUUUUAAAAGUAUUUGAAGUAAUGCUGUAUGUGCCAAAUCUAACCGUCACAUUUCCCUUUUAAAUGAAUUCAAACCACUGAACAAUCCCAGCUCUGCUUCUGUAAUGUUUUCUCUGCGUACGGGGUUAACGCUCUCACUCUGACAGUAUUUCAAAAAGAAACACUCACUGUAUGUCCGUAUCAUUGCAACCUGUGACAAAUGUGGCCUUUCUAAGCCUAAUUAGAAAAUCCUUAUCAUGAAGUCAUUUUGCAAUUUUAUAUGAUAUAUUCAUGAUUUUACUGUAAUUAAAAAAAAAAAAAACAAAUAAAAAAGAUGAAUCAUAUUUAGUAGCCACAGAAAAUGAUUGUACAGACUGUAACCUUUUAUCAGAUUGAAAGUAUAAUAUAUAUUUGCCUAUAAAACAAUGUAUCUCAUGUGUAUGGUACGCAAUUUUUUAAAAGCAAUUAAACAUUACAGAGUGAUACUGACA